AUUUUCCGCCAAGAAAUGCCCAACCCUUCCCCUUCUUGGGAAGACUUCCCCCCGGCUGCUGAAAGAUCCCUUCCCCUGUCUUCCUCUCUCUCCCUCCCUCUCUCCAAAGCAUAGCAUCCAAAGCAAAGCAUUCUUCCUCCCCCAUCAUGUCCCUAUUUUGCCCUACUCCCUUCUUCUUAUAUAAACCCUACCCCGCUCUCCAUCUUCCCACACACAUCCCUCCCUCUCCAAUCCCAAUCCUCUCCUUCUUCCUCCUCAUCCACUGCCCAAUGGCCUCACCAUCACAAUCCGUCGCCGCCGAAAACCCGCCUCGGCAAUCCGUCGAACGCCUCGCGUACUCCGGCCGCGUGGCGCUGCUGUUGAUCGCCGCCAGGGCCGACGGCGGCCUUGGAUUAGUCGGCGAGAGGGUCGCCGUCGGCGGGUGGGUAAAAUCCUUUACCGUGAGGCCGAAGAGCGAUGCGCCUCGCUCCCCGCCGCAAAUUCUGCCCCCCGCGGCGGUGGAGGGGAGGGACGCCACGUGCUCGGAGGUUCUCUUCAAAAUCCCCAUCCUCCGAUCCAUCGCAAACAUGUUGGGCCGCGGAAACGAACCGACGAAGCACAGAGGGAUCAAACUAGCGCUUAAGAAGGCCAUGCCGUCGGUCGCGUACUUGAGGAUCAAUGAUGGGUCUUGUGUUGCUAAUCUUCAGGUAGUAGUGGACUCCUCAAUAUGUCCUCUUGAGCAAGUUACGGCAAUCGGGACUUCGAUUUUAGCGGAAGGUGUGAUAGAGAAGGUGCAAAUGCGAGGAAAGUAUGUCGUAGAGCUUAAAGUGGACAAACUUUUGCAUGUCGGAAGUGUCAAUCCCCAGAAAUAUCCACUAUCGAAGACGAGAUUAUCUUUAGAGUCGAUCAGAUCUUUUUCACAUUUUCGCGCUCGGACAACAACGGUAGCCUCGCUUGCUCGUGUCCGCAAUACCAUGACGCAUGCUACACAUACGUUUUUCCAAAAAAAUGGCUUCCUCUUUGUGCAUAUGCCCAUCAUCACAACGACGGAUAUGAAUCCGAACCAAAAGAAAUUUUAUGUUACACAACUUUUUAACAAUGCGGAGGAUGGUUUAAUGGGAAGUUCAGUGAAAGAUCGUGACGCCAUUAAUCUGGAAGUAGUUAGGGCAAGUUCAGUGAAAGAUCGUGACGCCAUCAAUCUGGAAGUAGUUAGGGCAGCUAUCAGGGACAAAAACAAACGAAUUGAGGAGUUGAAGAGAAGCGACAGUAAUAAGGAGGCACUAAUCGCAGCACAACUCGAUGUUCAAAAGGCCAACGAGCUAGCACAACAGUUAGAAGAACAGGAGAAAGCACUGAAACAAGGAAAGCUAGAUUUCUCCAAAGAUUAUUUUGGCCAGCCAGCUUAUCUUUCACCGUUUCCGGGGCUUCAUCUCGAAACCUAUGCUUGCGCCCUUAGUUCUGUUUACACAUGCGGUCCAAAAUUUCAAGCAGAAGAUUCUCAACCAACGAAGCAUUUGGCGGAGUCGUCGACGAUUGAGGUCGAACUGGCUUUCGCUGCAGUGGAGGAUGCAAUGAAAUGUGCAGAGGAUUGCUUGAAAUCCCUAUGUUCUUCAGUCUUGGCAAAUUGUUCUGAUGACUUAAAAUUCUUAUCAUCGAGAGUCGAUGACAAGUGUAUUGAUCGCAUUCAAUCUAUAGUAUCUGCUCCUUUUGCAAGAAUUAGCUAUGCUGAAGCACUAGAGAUGUUUAAGAAGGUGACCGACAGAACAUUUGAAUCAAAAGCAGAGUGGGGCGUUCAUCUAUCAAAUGAACACCAAAGCUAUUUGGCUAAUGAACUCUACAAACAACCAGUCAUCAUAUACGAAUACCCAAAGGAACUAAAGCCAUUUUAUGCACGAUUACGUGAUGAUGGAAGGACCGUGACUGCAUUCGACAUCAUUGUUCCAAAGGCUGGUGUUGUAGCUAGUGGAAUGCAAAAAGAGGAGAGGAUUGAUGCAUUAACUUCGAGGAUUGAAGAGCUAGGUUUUCCUCAGAAACAGUUGGAGUGGUAUCUGGAUUUACGUCGGCAUGGGACCGUCAAGCAUUCAGGUUUCAGCGUCAAUUUUGAGAACAUGGUUAUGUUUAUUAGUGGCCUCAAUGAUGUUAGGGAUGUGGUCCCAUUUCCCAGGAGCAAAGGUGAAGCAAAUUGCUAGACCUGUGAUUCAUCCGAUGAUAAUUGAAUCUUCUUAACCUAGCAGUUCAAACAUAUGUACCACAAAUGCAUAAUAGUUCUAUCAAUGUACAUAGUUGUUUAUAUUUCUUUAACUUGAUAAAGAGUGAAAAACAAGAAUACUAUGGAUUUGUAAAUAACUUGCUCAAAAAAAUGCUCUAAAAAAAUUUGGAAUGGAAUUGCUUUGUAA